AACUUCGCCUCGGAAAUUCGGAGAACGCAAUGCAAAACAAAACUAUCAUCGUCAUCCGCGCUGCGGACUAAUCGUCACCGCGAUCGCAAGCCACAACGGCCGCCCGAGCUGAGUGCAAAACAAUAUGACGGUCGCAAUAUGGAAGCCAAAUCGCGGUCCCAUUCCUGAGUAGAUCUCUCGGUUCCCAUUGUCUGGCGGUGAUUUCAGUUGCUUUGUCCAGUUGGAGCCGAGGUGUGAUAACAGACGCAGUGACUUAUACUCGCAGUGAGAAGUGAGCCCAGUCAAGAAAACUAAAUUCCGUCCUUCGAUCCGUUGCAGUAGUUCCGCUUUUCUCGCAGUCCCAGUCGCGGGAACCGGACCCAAAUUGGUCUUAUCUCGGUAUCGCGUUAUCAGCGUGCAAAACAUCUGGUUGACAGUCAUCUGGUAGCUGGCAGCCCCCGGAAGAAGUUGUUUUGAUUUGGGCUGCAGCGCGGCAGACACGGUCACUACGGUGCGCCGUGUGCGAGGUAGAGUGCGUGCACAGGGUGGGUGACAACAGCGGCUCAAGGCUGUCUGGUCGCGUGUUCUGCGCACCUCAUUUGCUCGUGAAGUUGUAAAAAGAUAUCAACGUCACCCGAUCAAAAUUUUCGCACACCCACAUGGAAAUGACUUGAAGAAAAUCUAAGUUUCGCGGAAGAAAAAUUACCAGUGAAUCUAGAUUAAGCCAAUUCUAAACGUUAUCGUCAAUACUCCUUAAAAACCAAACCUUUUGACAAACAAUUGCUCAAAAAGAAUGAGCAACCAAAAUCGAGCCUAGUGAAAUCCAACAAAAUCGCGGACGGAACGAAGAUCUACUUCGUUCAAGAUAGAUUUUUUUCGUUUUUAGUUAAUCCAUCGGAAAAAUUAAUACAUAGAAGUGUAGUCGUAAAUUAUAAUUUUUUAGAUUUAAUUUGACAUAAAAAAUUCAAAAAAUGAAUAUGUCAGUGCCAUUCAUCGAUGAAAAUUUAGUAUUUAUUUAUAAAGAAGUUGUAACCACAUAUCUGCCGGAUUUCGUGAAAGAAUUCCAUUAUACGCCAUGGAUAUUUUCACUGCUGGGAUCAGCCCUUAUAGGGCUAAGUGGAAUAUUGCCGUUAGCGAUCAUACCUGCGUUCAAUAAUGAGAAGGACACGAAAGACUUUAAAGAUCCCGCGGAAUCUAAAUCUCUCAAGGUGCUUCUUAGUUUUGCUGUCGGCGGACUCCUAGGCGAUGUAUUUUUACAUUUGCUCCCAGAAGCGUGGAGUACAGACGUAGCAGCCGUCGAUCCAAACAGUCAUCCAUCGCUGCGUAGCGGGCUUUGGGUCCUCUCCGGCGUCCUGAUAUUCACAAUUGUCGAAAAGAUCUUCUCAGGAUACGCUAACGCAGAUGUAGAUAAUCCACAACCUAAAUGCGUCGAGAUCGCGAAUUGCUUACUUCGUAAGUCCGGCGGCAAAGUGGAACAUGGCCAGAAAUCGACAGGUUGUGUAGCGAACGGUUCCUGUGAUAUUGAAGAUGUUCCCAAUGGUUGUUACCUACGUGAACGCGAAAAGAAGGAAAAGGAACCAAAAAAGAUUGCUGGGUACUUAAAUUUGCUUGCCAAUUCUAUUGAUAACUUCACACAUGGCUUGGCUGUUGCGGGAUCGUUUUUGGUCUCAUUUCGGCAUGGAGUUUUGGCAACAUUCGCGAUUUUGUUGCAUGAAAUUCCACACGAAGUUGGGGACUUUGCCAUUCUGUUACGGUCGGGCUUCAGCAGGUGGGACGCAGCUCGGGCACAGUUACUUACAGCUGGGGCGGGACUCAUGGGAGCCUUAGUGGCAAUUUUCGGUAGUGGAGCGACUUCAGCAUUAGAGGCCAAGACUUCAUGGAUCAUGCCAUUCACCGCAGGCGGUUUCCUUCACAUAGCCAUGGUGACAGUAUUACCUGAUUUACUCAAGGAAGAAGAUCCUCGUGAAUCUAUCAAACAAUUCGUUUCCCUAAUAUUCGGAAUACUCUUAAUGGCCGUGAUGACAGUACUCUUCGAAUCAUAAUUAUUUCCUUCUUCACUUUUGUAUGUAGAAAUCUUUUAGAACUCGACCAGAAUGAAGGUCGACCCCCAAAACACGCCUAAAGAAGAACAAUAGAAAAUCCAUUUUCUUUCAAUUAAAAUAAGAGCCAAUGUCCUUGCAAGCACUGCUGCAUUGUUUUCAACAGACUGUCGUACAUUUUACAUAUGUCCUGUUCACGUAACACAGAAUAUUCUUUUUGUUCACAUUAUGUGCAAUAAAAUAAGUGGGAUUCCUUUACUUAACAAUUUAUUCGUUCCGCAUUGUUGCUAUUGCAGAGAUUCGAUACAAGAACGAAGGAUUUUAGUUCGUUUUUCCCUUGCUUAGAUGAAUAGGAUUUUGUUUUGCUUUAGAUACAUACGAAUUGCGUGUAAAUAGUUGUAAAUCGGCGUUUACAGCACAACCCUUAAAGAAGAACAACCGAAGAAGGAGAAUAUAUUUUGUUAUUGAUUUAUAGUAAUCAAGUUAAAGUUUUGUAUAAAUGUUUAAGGAGAAAGCCAUUAGGAUAUCGAUUAAGUGUAAAGCGCUCAGAGCUGAGAUAAGUAUUCGUAGAAAUGGAUAAAAUGUAGAAUGAGUUGGAUACAUCCAAUGAUUGGAAUCAGAACGAUUGUAAGCGGAGAGAAAAGGAGUAGAUUUUCUCGCUAACCGUGUAGACGAAGUAGGAAUGGAAGUACAGGAAAUAUAAUAUUUUCUCUUAGAUUGUGAUAAUCGUUACAAGAUGUUAUGUUAAAAUAAAGUGUAAAUAUAAAACAAAAAUUAAUUAAUA